AUGAGAAGUUAUUUUAAAAAAAUUGCGUCUUCAAUUGACUUCAGCAAAGUUAAGUUGAAAAUGUCAACCACUCCCCUUUUGAAAGAGGUUCCAUACAUCGACUUGUCUCUGUCCGAUGAUGAAGUGGAAAACAGUCAGAAGAGAAGGGAUUCUGGUUCAAGUUGGAAGAAUUUUUUUAUAGAUUCCCUUAAUAAACAUCCGAAGGAAAGAGAAUUCCUUCACAAAUUGGACUUUUUCCUUCUCUCAUCUUCAAUGCUUGGAUAUUUCAUCAAGACGUUGAACCAGCUGAAUAUUUCUGUGGCGUAUAUCAAUGGCAUGAACGAGCACUACCAUAUGGAUAAGAACCAAUACAAUUAUCUUAUUUCUUUUUGGACUGUGGGGUACGUUCUAGGGCAAAUUCCCUCCAGUAUGGCCAUGACUAAGUUUUCAGCUAGAUACUAUUUAGGAAUAUUGCAGCUCACCUGGGGUGUUUUAUCGAUAUUGCAAAUCUAUUGCACUAGUUUAAGUAGUUUAUACAUAUUGAGAUUUAUUGUAGGAGUGUCAGAGCUGGCGUAUUUUCCUGGGAUCCAGUACAUACUAGGAUCUUACUAUUCCAGCACCGAAAUAGCAAAGAGAUCAACUUUGUUCAGCGUUAGUUCCAGCUUGGCUGGAGUUCUAAGUCCAAUUAUUCAAGAAGUAAUCUUAUUUAGGUGGAAAAGUAGUACAGGUGAAACCACCAAUUUGCAGCCCUUUCAGUACAUGUUUGUUAUUGAUGGUUUGAUAACUUUUCCUAUCGCUUUAUACACCAUGUUGGUAAUUCCAAAUACGCCAACGACAAUGGAUCUGUUCUAUUUUAGUGAACAGGAUAGGUUGGUAGCGUUGGAGAGAAGGAGAAGGGAUAGUAUCGAUUCAGGAAGUAAAUUUAAUAGGAGCAGCCAAGGCUCCAAGACCAUUAGCUACCUGCAAAUAGUAAGCUAUUGUCUGACAUGGCAUAUAUGGGUAUUCCCUUUGAUGUUUCUUGCAUUCAACAACUCCACUAGUUGUCACGGUCAGCCGACCUUACAGACAUGGAUGAAGUAUGACUUACAGUUGCCUUCGUCUAGUUACAAUGUUAUUCCUUCAAUCAUAUCUUCUGUAGGCAUAAUAGCUGCAAUAUCUGUUAGCUUCAUUGGAGAUUAUUUUGGUAAAGGUAGAUUGAAUUACUUGUUUGUCAGUAUCUUUUUUAGUUGCACGCUUGUGGGCUGCGCUUUGUUAGCGUACUGGGAUAUCCCAUAUUAUCUUCAUUGGGCUUGUUAUGUGUUAAUCACUGUCCCACUGUCAUGGUGCCAGCCCCAAAUAUUUUCCUGGCUCAACAGGUUACUAGCCGGAGAAGACGACCUAAAAAGGAAUUUUAUAGUGGUAAUAACCAACACCUUGGCUUAUGUAACUGGUGCAUGGGUUCCAAUACUUGUUUGGGACACAAGAAGCCAACCAAGGUAUUUCGUUGGGUUUACCUAUACCGCAUGUUUGAGUAUAGUAGGCUUAAUAAUGACUACGCAGUGUAAACGAUUCGAGGAAAGAGAUAAAAAGAUUAGAGAAGAGUACGAUAACGAGGAACUGUGA